AUGGAUAAAGACACUCUCCUCAAGUCCUUAGCAGGAACGCUUGAUGCUAACUUGCAAACAAGAAAGCAAAGUGAGCAACAGUUGCGUUACUUCGAGGAACAACCGGGUUUCACUGCCUAUCUCCUUGACCUCAUCACUGACUCCAGUAUUAAUCUCGGAGUUCAGACUUCGGCAGCUAUCUUUUUCAAAAACAGAGUGUCCAACUAUUGGGUAGUCCCCGAUCUUAAGGUUUCGAAUGCUAGGUACAUCCAACAGAACGAGAAGCCUGCCAUCAAGCAGAAGUUGGUGGAAGUGUUGAGUCAGAGGUACAAGAACCCACAAUUAAGGGUCCAAUUAUCCACCUCGAUAAGCAGCAUCCUCAAUGCUGAAAAAUGGGACGAUCUCACCGAUAUCAUUCCAAAAUUGAUCUCGGAUACUUCGAACAUUGACCAUGUUUACACCGGUUUGAUCUGCUUGUUCGAAUACACCAAGACUUACCGUUACUCACACGAGGGUAACAGAAACAUUGUGCUCGAAGAAGUGGCCGAAAAGAUGUUCCCAUUGUUGGAGAGCUUGGUUGAUAACCUCAUGGAAAACGAUUCUGAGGUGUCCGACCAGUUGUUCUACUUGAUUUUCAAGGUCUUCAAGUACUCCACCUACUCCACAUUGCCAGCAUACCUCACCAAUCCCUCCAAUUUGGGAACCUGGUGCAAGUUCCACAUCAUGCUCAUCAACAAGCCUUUGCCUUCUUAUGUUACUCAAGCUGAGCCAUCUGAAAGAGCAUCGCUUCCUCGUAUCAAAGCUGUGAAAUGGUGCUUUGGCAACUUGCACAGACUCUUAUUCCGUCACGGAGGUGGUGUGAGCACACCAAAGAAGGAUUCACAGUUUGCAGCCACUUUCUUGGCCAACUUUGUUCCUGAAAUCCUCAAUGUUUAUUGGCAGAUCAUUGAAAAGUGGUCCACAAAGGAGAUAUGGUUAUCAGAAGCCUCCUUGUAUCAUUUGAUCAGUUUCCUAGAGCUGGUCAUCGAGACUCCUGCUUUCCCAUUAAUCGAGGAAAAAUUGGACGCUAUCAUCAGACAUGUUCUUUUGCCAACCCUCAAUGCCAACCAAGAGACGAUAGAGUUGUACGAAGAUGACCCUGAGGAAUACAUUAGAAGAUUCUUCGAUGUGAGCAGGGACAAUCCUACUGCUGAUACAGCCUCUAUCAACUUCUUGUUUAGGUUGUCAUCCACCAAGUUCUCAAAGACUGGUAAUGCUAUUCUCGCAAUCAUCAAUGACGUCUUCCAACAUAGAGCCUCUGAUAGAGAGAAUUUGGAGUAUGCCUGCCAGACGGAAGGUGCCCUUCGUGUAUUGGCUACUAUUUCUAUUAGACUCAACAAAGACCUGAGUCCAGUGAAGGGCCAAAUUGACCAGCUUUUGCAUUCUUAUGUUUACCCUGAGCUUUCUGAGGCUGUCAUCGCGAAAUACCCAUGGCUUACUGCCAGAGCUUGUGACACCAUUGCCAUGUUCAUGCACAAGUACAAUGACCAGAAGAUCUUGCAGGAUAUUUUCCAAGGUAUCGUGCUCUGUUUCCAGCAGCAAGAACACUUCCCUAUCCAGUUAACUGCUAUUGACGGUUUGCGUGCCUUGGUUGAUGAGGACCUAGUUGCAUCACAAGUUGCGGACCAAGCUCCACAAUUGAUGGGUGUCUUGCUUGACAUGUCCAAGAAUUUCGAAAGUGAUACUUUGAACACUGUCAUGGAUGUCUUCGUGGAGAAGUUCGCAGCUAACUUGGAGCCUUACGCCAAUGAACUCUCCGUUCGUUUGGUUGAACAGUUUAUCAAGUUAGCCAAUGAAAUUUUGGAGCAGUCUUCCCAGAACGGCGGCAUCAAUGUUGAUAAAGAAUAUGCUGCUGCUGGUAUUUUGAACACCUUGACGUCUUUGGUCAUUUCGAUGAAUGCUUCUCCUCAAGUAUCUAGUAACUUGGAAGUGAUUCUCAAGGAUAUGAUCAAGUUCAUCUUGGAAAACUCCAUGGCGCUGUUUUUGACAGAAGUUGUCGAAAUCUUGGAAUCUAUUAUUUUCAGUACUAAUCGUAUGUCGCCAACAUCAUGGGAACUUUACCAAUGUGUGAUCUCCUGUUUCGACACAUAUGCUGAAGAUUUCUUUGACACUUUCCAACCUUUCUUGGAAGGUGUUAUCUUGCAUGCUUUUGGUGCUGAUGACAUUACUGUUGAUAAUGCAAAUGUGCAGUCAAUGUUCAAGGUCUGCUUCAAGAUGCUUUCCGGUGAUAUGGUGGACCCUGUAUUCGCCCACCACGCUUUUGAAUUGAUUGAGUACGCUAUCUUGACUUUGAACAAGAAGUUUGUGCCUUUCUUGCCUGAGUUCUUGCCCGAGAUGUUCAAGAUUUACCAAAGCUUGGACGCACAGGAAGCCUUUGAUGGCUACAUGUUGCACUACUUGUCCGUGUUGAAGAUUUUCUUCGCAUGUUUCUGUGUUGAGGCAACUGGAACGUUACAAAUCAUGAAGCAGCAUGAUGUGAUCAAGUUCUUCUUCACUAUGUGGGUCAAGUACAGCGACGAGUUUAGAAGUGUCUAUGGAUGCAAAUUGCAAAUCCUUGCCGCUCUUUCGAUUCUUACUGAGGCUCCAUUGGACCUCCUUCCUACUGAAGAUUUGGUUGGUGAAACCGUCGACUUGCUCAUUUCCAACUUGGAGACCUUGCCACACGCUAUCAGAGCUAGACAAGAUAUCCUAGAUAAAGAAAGCGGACCUCGUGCUUCAAGCAGAGAUUUCAACGGUGGUGAUGAUGAGGAUGAGGAUGACGAGGAAUACUAUGAAGAUGACCUAGAGGCUGAUGAAGCCGAGCUUGAAGCCAUGAAGCAGACACCACUUGAUUCUUUCAAUGUCUUCCAGGUAUUUGCAGAGAAGAUUACAUUGGCCCAGCAGCAAGAUCCGCUGAGGUACCAGGCAGUCUUUGGCAACUUGGAUGAUUCGCAAAAGGAGAUUGCCAACAGGAUUGUGCAAAUCCACCAGCAAAGACACGCAUAA